GGAGUGCGGGGCGAGGAAAAACAAAAUGGUGUGCGCUUGUUUUUGACACAAUGUUGCGCUAGAGGCUUCGCGGUACGUGAAAAAGAAAAAUAUUGCGGAAAAAUUAACCUCCGACCGGUCGAAACCAUUUCCAAUCGCAAGUGUAAUUCGGUCCGCGACGCCGUGAUGUGAAUUCCAGUGCGUGGCCGUGGAAAUAAGUGCGAAAAUUGCGGAAGAUUUCAUUUCGUGUUAGAAACCAAGUCAGUAUUUGAGCAAGGCAUAACAGAAUUAAAAGUUACUCACGUCGAAACACACUAUCCAGUCAUCCUAUCGACUGUAGAGUUCGGACCAAAUCCAUUCGAGUCCAGCUACACUUGCCCGUGUGCCCAUAAUGGACGAAGGCAGCGAUAGACCGCCGACGCCGGACCAGCCUGUUGAGGAACCAGCAGAAUCGACAGCGGAUGCUGUGGAUUCUGGUGGUACCGCAGCCGCACCUGCUACCGAGGAAGAAUCCCAGGAAUCUUCCUCAGUAGCCGGUACGGACGAAGUCGAAGGUCAACGGGUCGCCACGGGUGAAGAGUCUCAAGAAGGUGCCGGCGAAGAAACGCCCUCUGCCUCAGAAGCACCACCAGCAGUGGAAGAGAUGGAUGUUGACGUUGAGAAGAAGCACGACACCGGUAAAGAUGACGGGGACAGUUUUGCUCCCACGCUGGACACUGUCCAAGAGAAGGGUGAGAGUCAAUACGUCGACACCGAAGAUGUGAAGGAACCGGUCAAGGAAGACGAGUCUAGUCGACCGGGAAGCGGAACCGGAGGCGACAAGGUGAACGAGAGUGAACUUCUCGACGAUAUAGAGAUGACCAAUGUGGAGGAAAACCAACAUCGGGAGGGCGAAGAGGGAGCGGAACCGAUGGACGAGACUGACAAGUCGCACGAUCAGUCGACCACGCUGGAUCCUUUCGAUCAGGUGAAACAUGCCGAACAGUCCAAGGAUGAAUCGUCGAUCCAGAACGAAAGCAGCGUUGCUGGAGAUGAAGUGGACAGCACGGUGGCUACCGCCACGGAAGCCAACGAAUCGUCGACCAUGGACGCCACCGCCAACGACGAAACCGAUCACGUGGAUGAAAGUGUAGCGGAAGAGGGUGUUGACGAGCUAUCGGAAGGAGAGGGUGUCGACGAGAACGUUUGUCUUUUGCCGGAUGACGAACGGGAACUGUCGGAAGCGGAUAAAGAGCGAGCCCGUGUUGCGAGGGAAGCAGCUAAAGAGUCGGAGAAAAGUCAAGAUGGUGUGGAAGAAACACCAGCUAAGGAAGGUGAGAAGGAGAAGGAAACUUCGGCUGAGGGAGAACCAGCUGCUGAAAAGGAGGCCGACAAGGACAAGGAACAACCGGAAGGGGAAGUUCCUGCGGUCGAGACGCCAACCGAUAAAGAACCAUCAACUGAAGAAGCCGAGGUACGGAUAGAGGCUGGUGCUGAACAAACGGAAGACGUAGAGAUGGAACAAGAUCAUGCAGCCGAUGCUCCGCCGCAGGUGAACGAAAUCCGAGAAGUGCCGGAACCGAUGGAACAGACUUGUCUGAAGUGUAGCGCAACGAAAGUUUGCGAGUACAGCUUGAUCCAGGAAGACGGCGAGGAGGCCAAGUUCAUCUGUUCGUUUGAUUGCGUUCAGUCGAUGAGAACCGAAAACCCGGGACGCUACGUCCUGAUCCAGAAGCGAGUAGGGAUCGUACAGAUUUUCGAUUGCGAAGAGACCUGCACACGGUGCGAUAAGAAGACGACCUGCAAGUACCGAUACCAGACUGGAAAGAGUGGUGACGAGAUCCGCUACAAGUACCUUUGCGAUAUGAAGUGCGUGGAACAUCUCACGACGAUCAACGGCGAGAAGUACGUGCUGAAGAGGAAGCGUUACUUGAUCGACGAGAAACCUGAAGCUGAGGAGAAGAAGUGUAUCCAGUGUAACGAUGUCAAGCAAUGCAAGUACUUCUUCCAGCAGGACGAUGACGAGCUGUUCAUAUGCCAUGAAGAUUGUUUGAACCUGUUGAUGACGGAACACCAGGAUCUGUUCCGAUUGAAGCGUCGAUCGGUGAGGGUGAGAGAUCUCCCCAAGAGGGUUCCAACCGAGCCGGAACAACCAGCGGAGCCGGCCAAGGCAGUGGCCCGAACCGAAGAGGAAGCCGAACAUGCUCGAUUGGAUCGCGAGGCGAGCUUCAUGCGACGUUGUGCGCAGUGUUUCCAAUUGCUGCAGCUUACGGAGAAGACACUCCAGUGGGAGACACUCGACUUCUGUAACGAGAAAUGUCUGGGAGUCUAUCAGAACUCGGUCGGAUCUAAUUGUGCCAUGUGUAGCAAUGCGGUGUCGGUGACCAGUUUGGGCAAAUACUGUGUCCGUUUCGGGUUCGACAUCCGACAGUUUUGUCGAUCGAGUUGUCUGGAUCAGUACAAGAAGAAUCUGAAGGUUUGUUCCUACUGUCAGCGGGACAUAACCGUUGGAGAGCUGGGCUUUUUGGCACCGGUCGGCGACAAGGGACUGUUCAAAGAUUUCUGCACCCAGGUUUGCUUGAAGAAAUACGAGGAGGUGUUGGAUCCGUCAAAGCGCCAGGUUCCGCACAUAUGCGCCGUCUGCAAUCAUGAAAAGGUCACCAAGAUCAACGUAAUGCUGGACAACAGGGAGCACUUCUUCUGUAGCACUCCGUGCUUUUCUGCAUUUAAAUUCGUGAACAACGUCUGUCCGGACGAAUGUGCCAUGUGCAAGAUCUUUUUCGAGCGGAAGUCAGCCGAAUCGUUCACCAUUUUCACGUCCGAUCGUGGCCCAGAGGGGGCACCGUUCUGUUCUAAAAUCUGCAUGAAUCUCUACAUCAUCACCAACAGGAAAAUCGUGUCCUGCAAUUGGUGUAAGGUGAAGAAGUACAACUUCGAUAUGAUCCAGAAAGUGGUUGGAAACAUGGCGAUGUGUUCGUUGAAUUGUCUUACGUUGUGCGAAGUGUCCGUGAACGCCCUCUCGAUGAAGCAGAUCCACUGCGAUCACUGCAAGCUUCUGAAGACCCCGCAGUAUCACCUGACUAUGAGCGACGCAACGGUACGUAACUUCUGUACUUACCAGUGUGUGAUGUCGUUCCAAAGCCAGUUCAACAAAACUCCGUUGACGAUCGAUUCCGAGGAGAGUCGCAACAAUCCAGUGCCAACCGGAUUGCCGAAACGAGUCAAAAAGUUGCCUACACUUCCUGGGGUGUCCUUGCCAGCAGCAUCAGUGGCGCAACAGUCUCCGACCCCUCAUCCGCCAGCAAGAAAACCCGGCAGACCAGCACGUACAGCUGCUGCGGUCGCUAAUGCCGUCAUGUCCACCGCUGAUCUGCCGGUAAUAUCCUCGGUUCAGUCUCUGGCCGGACAAGUAAGUGCCGCCAAUCGUUCCACGCGAUCCAAAGGAGGCCGUCCGCCAAGCAGCGCGACUGCUGCAACAAGACAGAGCAACGCCAGCCUUCCGGAACUGCGGGUAUCGUUGGAACCGUUGACCGUUCAGUUAAAUGCUGCGCCUCAAAAACGGUAUGAACCUCCGCCACCGCCACCUCCACCCAAGGUGGAGCUGAAGACGCAGAUUGUCACUAUUCCUCCGACUCCUGUUGCGGUAGCAAACGCCGGAACCAUGUGUAAACCGAUGCAGCAAUCCAAGGCGGUCAGUUGCAGGCCCGUUCAGUGCAACGUGGAAUGUCAAACAGAGGAAUGGUUACAAAGGAAAAUUGUUAUACCCAUCCCGGUUCCAAUCUACGUACCAUCUCCCAUGCAUAUGUUCUCUUUACCAACUCCAAUCCCCAUUCCCUUCCCCCUUCCAAUCCCGGUCCCCGUAUUCAUCCCGACAACGCGCAACUCCGCCAACGGCAUCAUGAAGGAAAUCAAGAAGAUCCAGGACAAGAUGCCCACCGAUCCGUACGAAGCCGAGCUGCUCAUGAUGGCCGAAAUGGUGGCCGGCGACAAGAAGAAGGACGACGACGAUUCCGACUCGGAUGAUAACGCCGCGGACGAAGCGUUCAACACCAACACCGUGACCAUGGAGAACAACACCUCCUUCAACGAGGAUCUGGUCCAGAUGGCCCUCAAGAUGGCCUCGAACGAUUUCGAAGAACCGGCCGUCGACUUGGAGUCUGCCAUGCAGGCCAACACCAUCGCACAGCAACAGGCGGCCGCUGCUGCCCAUCAUGGCUACGGUCACGACGAUGGUUCCCAGCAGCAGCUCCAUCACCAUCAGCUCAUGAUGCUCGAACAGCAAAGGCAAGCCACGACCGCCGUUACCCAGCGAGGAGGACGCAAACGAGCCCCAGCCGCCCCGCGAACCAACAACAACAAUCGACAGCAAAUUUCACCCAACAAACGCAUCAAACGCGAACAGAUCAGCGAACCGUCGCCGGAACCCCCAAGGGAACCGGUCGAGAAGCCGGACGCCAACAUGUGUCUCAAGUACACGUUCGGCGUGAACGCAUGGAAGCAGUGGGUCCUCACGAAGAACGCCGAUCUCGAGAAGAGCACCAUCCGGCGAAAACCAUUCAAGUCGGAAAUCCUCCAGCUGACGGCCGACGAACUCAACUACUCGCUGUGUCUGUUCGUGAAGGAAGUCCGGAAACCGAACGGCACGGAGUACGCUCCCGAUACGAUCUACUAUUUGGUGUUAGGUAUUCAGCAGUAUCUAUUUGAAAACGGUCGAAUAGACAACAUCUUUACCGAUCCCUACUACGAGCGCUUCACCGAUUGUCUGGACGAAGUGGCCAAGAAGUUCUCCGUGCUGUACAAUGAUUCUCAAUACAUUGUGACGCGUGUCGAAGAGGAGCACCUCUGGGAGUGUAAGCAAUUGGGCGCACAUUCGCCCCAUGUCCUACUCAGUACUCUGAUGUUCUUCAAUACGAAGCACUUCAACCUGACGACGGUGGAGGAACACAUGGAGCUUAGCUUCUCGCACAUCAUGAAACACUGGAAGCGAAAUCCGAACCAGGGUGGUGCCAAAAUGCCCGGAUCGCGAAAUGUGCUGCUCCGGUUCUACCCGCCACAGUCGUCACUGGCUGCCAAUGCGCGGAAAAAGAAGGUCUACGAGCAACAGGAGAACGAGGAAAAUCCCCUGCGGUGCCCGGUGAAACUGUACGAGUUCUAUCUCUCGAAAUGCCCGGAAAGCGUGAAGACCCGCAACGACGUGUUCUACCUGCAACCGGAACGAUCCUGCGUGCCGGAUUCCCCCGUCUGGUACUCGACGCAGGCCCUCAGCAGGGAUGCCCUCAGCAAAAUGUUGCACAGGGUUAAGAUGGUGAAGGAAAUCAACAUCGCCCUGCUCACCAGCUAAUGAAACGAGUCCCAAGAUGACGAGGACAGUGCUAGCUGCAGCAACAGCACUAACCACAACCUAAUCAACAACUCCAUCAACUCCUCCGCCAUGAGCACCGCCGCCACGGUGGCCAACUUUUGCUCGAUGAAUCACGUUGCCAAUGCACUCAGUUCCCUUCCGUUUCGCAGCCUGCAGUCAUCGCUGCAGCAAUUGCAACAACAACAACAACAGCAAGGUAGCAAUGGUGGGUCCCAAUCGGUGAACUCCACAUCAGGAACCUCAACGACUACUGGUGGUAAUUCUUCUUCCUCUUCCACUAGCGCGGCCAACGCCGUGGUAACCGGAUCGGGUCAACAGCAGCCAGCCAGUUUCAUGGCCAACAACACGACCCAUCCUCCGCCACCACCGGAUUACGAUUACUACUACAAUGACUACUAUCGCCGCUGGAGCGGAAUCAUGAACUUCCACCGCUGAUGAUGAUGAUGAUGGGGAGAGCACUUUGUGGAUGUUGUUGUCGGGUAGGGCUGGUCAAACCUCGUCAAUAAUACCUUAUUUUACCGAAAGGUCACAAUCCGAUCGUUGUCCUAGGAAAAAAGUUCAAAUCUUUUCAGGAAUGAUCCAAACUUGGUGGUGCAAAGCACCAUUCAUCGCCACUCUACCAACGUGUAGAAAAAGGCAAAAUCGACAGAAAGAUAAGUUUCUUACCGAACUCCCUUAAUAUGCGACUCAAAUUUAUUGAUUAUUUUGUUGUUAUUUGAUUUAGAGAACCCACUUUUAUUUACCCGUCAGAACGCAGUAAUAAUUUCGUUUCCCCUCACUCCGUUUCUUAAUAUAAGCGCGAUUUUAAGUUUAUCUUUUAAGCGAGAGGAACACGAGUCUUUGUAAAUAUUAUAAUUUAGUCUUGAUAGUGGUGAUCAACACCUACAGCAGCAUUCGCUUAAAUGGAGAAAUAUGGAUUUAGGAAGUACACAAACAGAAAAACAGUUCUAGCAAGCAGAAAAUACAUUUAAACAGAUUCAAACCUUUUCAGCCGUAAGUGUAUGCGUCUAAUAAAUUAGAGAAAUGGACAAAACCGAAGUAUGGCACACAUUCUAACUGUUAAGGAUCUCCGAACGGGGAGGUUGUUUCGAGGAUUCCUUCAAAAAAA